AUGCAGACCGCCCAAUCAAAGGGUGGUUCCGCGGUGAAAGCACUUCUCGCGGCGCUCAAGAAUGAUCAUGAGCAGAAGACGUUGACCGAUGACCAACGCGAGCAGACACUGGCCGAGCUUAAGGCUCUCGGCCGCGAUGUGAACAGUAUCAAAGGCAUCUAUGACGGGCAGACAGUCUCGCUCUUCCUGCAUUACGGCCUGGGAGCCUUUCCGAAGGCCGUGCAGCGUGAAGCUCUACGAUGCUUGGCAAAUGCACUGAUCUUGGUCCCAUCCACACAGGAUGCGCUUGCGAAGAGUGCCAGGCUUCCGUCGGUCGCCGACUACUACGAUACGCCUGAAGACGACGAUGAGUUUCUAGGUGCCAGGAUCUUGUUUCUAAUGACUUACAAUGCGUCGGCGAAUAUGGCGCAGAUUGUAAAAGACAAUGGUCUAGCCGGCAAGGUCUGUUCCCAGCUGCGGCGUCAUGAGUCGAUGAGUGAGUCUCUUGUGGGUGCAGGCAUGACAUCGAUGGCUCUGUCAGAGACGCUGAAAUUGAUCUUCAACAUUGUCAAUCUUGUUCCUCAAUGCAGCCAGAGCUUUACAGUGGCAGUACCUGUGCUGUACGCAAUGCUUGAGAAGGCGCAGGUCCCGAAUCCACCUUUGCAGCCACCCCUGACCUAUCUGCUCAAUGCGAUAGCUUGCAUUGAUGCUGGCGAAGGCGAAGAUGCUACAAUCGCUGCUUCCAGAUACUUGCCAGACGUGGGCAUCCUGCCAGCCGCUGUUGACAAGUUAGUCUCGAUACUGGACAAGGCUUUGGUUUCGUACACCGCGUCACAGCUGGACACUCAGCUCAUCUCGUUGCUCACUAUUCUCCGCCGAGUCAACGCAUUAGCAGGUCAGAGUAUGCGAACGAAGCUGAAACAAAGUCUACUUCCUAGCGACAACGAACGCGAUCUUCCGCUGGGGCAGUCAUCGACGUUGGCGUCACGUCUACUGAAGCUCGUCACAGGUCCUGGCUUGACCCAUCUUCCAGAAGCUGUCUCAUCCUUACUUUUCGAGCUUUCCGACAAAGACGCCCACAAGUAUGUCCAGAACGUCGGGUAUGGCUAUGCUGCAGGCUACCUGAUGACACAUAAGAUUCCGAUCCCAGAAAACGCGAAGGGUGCGAGUCCCGGGUCGACGCCGAUCAACCCGGUGACCGGUCAGCGCCUCGACAAAGAACCAGACAUUCCUCAGCCCAAAAUGAGUAAGGAGGAGAAGGAGCGCGAGGCAGAAAGGCUGUUCGUUCUAUUCGAGAGACUCAAGGCUACAGGAGUCAUGGAUGUCAAGAAUCCUGUGGAGCAGGCAAGAGACGAGGGCCGGCUACAGGAAGCCUCAGACUCCGAAUAG